GCUAGCGUGCCUAUCUGUUUUUCACUGAUUCAUAUUGAAAUUAAUUAAUUAGCUUCAUUUGUAAGGAAAGAGUUGGAAGCAAUAUCCUUUGGAUCUGAUCCUCGUUCCUCGUUUUUUAUUUUCAAGUGGGAAAGAUGAAAAUCAGUGAGGGAACCAAGUGUUUACAAGAUUUAAGCUUCAUAUUUGUAGGGAAUUAGGCAAGGGUCACUCUGUUUCUAAGCUUCAUAUUGAGUUAACUAAGGUUCAUUUGUAGGGAAAGAGAUGGCUCCAAUAACCAUUCAGAUUGAUCCUCAAGAUUAUUUUCAAGAGGGAAAGAAGAAAAUCAGUGAGGGAUUCAAGUGUUUGCAUGAUUUAGUUCAAUGGUGUAAGCACAGCUCGAGCCCUGAAAAUGGUGGAAUCCUCCAUGAAACCAUGACCUACCUUCGAUCUCUUCCACGACGAAUACAGGAAAUUGAAUCUGCAGCACAUCAAGGAGGAGCAGCACCUGCAACUUUCAAUGUCCAUGGAACAGAUCUACAACGUGGGCAGGUGAUCGAAUCUUUAGCACGGCAGGGAGACGCAUUUGUAUCUAAUCCCCACAUCAAUGAACAGGAAAUCACUCAAAUAAGAGAGCAAAAUGUCAACUUUAAACCUAUUCCAAAUCUAGAGAUUAAUAUGGGGACGAAUAAAAAGCGAAAAUUGAGGUCAGAUGUUUGGAAUCACUUCUUAAAGUAUGAAAACGAAGAUAAGGAGGUUAAGGCCAAGUGUCAAUACUGUAAGAAAGAUUUUGAUGGAUCAAGUAAGAAUGGAACUACGCAUCUUUGGAAUCAUCAAAAAAGUUGUUUGAAAAAUCUAGAUAAAGUAACAAAUAAAGUGAAAGACAUUAUUAUGGUUGAUCAAGAGUUGAAUCACUCUAAUUUGGCCCGAAAGGUUAUUAAAUAUGGGUUGAUCAACAAAAAAGAUGUGAUAUUUGGGUUGAUCAACAUAAAAGAGUAUAUAUUUGAGGUUUAUAAUGAAGAGAAAAAGGAGUUACACAUAUAUUUAAAUAAACUUUUUGGUCGUUUUAAUGUAAUAAUUGGAAAUGGUAUAAGGGCCGAUGAUGUUAGGUUUGUGAAGAUUUGGUUUAUUGAUGAUAAAUGGAAAUUGAAGACGAGGAUUAUUCAUUUGGAGAAUUAUGAUAGUGAUGAAGACUCUCUAAAGCGUUUGAUAGAAGAUUGGAACAUAGAUACAAAAAUUUUGUCUAUGGUUGAUCAGAGGAACAAUGCAUCAGAAGAUAUGGUACAUCAGCUUACCAAUUGGCUUAAUGAAAGAGUUUCACUUCCUGUCAUCGGGGAUUAUGAUCCAUUAGUAUUAUCUGAUUUUGUACUGGCAGUAGAAAAUGUGACGUGGAGCAGAAAUAUUAUGUCUGAAGUGAGGGAACUCAAAGACUACUACAUGACAUUAUCAAACGAAGACAAGUUUGACUCAGCGGUAAAACAAGUUGAGUCCAUGGGUAAAGAAGUGACUUCCAAAUAUGAUGAUUUCCAACUGCUUCGUCUUGAUUAUGAUUAUUUCAAAUUGCUUGAUUGGGCAAUGGGAUAUAAAGAAGUAUUUUGUGAACUGAAGCGCAUAGAUCCUCAUUUCACGUCUUCCAAUUUUGAUUGGGAUGACGCUACUUCACUGCACAGUUUUUGGGUAGUGGUUGAAGAUAUAAAAAAGGAUAUUUGGAAACUGAGAGAUUCUAAGUUGGCAAACGAGUGUUUCCCUAUGGUUUAUGACAUUUUUUCAAAAAUGCUACAGUUCAAAAAUACUGAAAAUCGGUACUUUCGCCAUGCUGUAUUACAUUGCGGAAAAUUUUUUGAUGAAUGUUGCAACAACUUUAAGUUGGUAAUUAUAAUCACAGUGAUUCUGGAUCCAAGAUUUAAACUUGAUAUUGUAGAGGAUUUCUACAAUGAAGUUUAUGAUAAUGAGGGAGACUUACACUUGAAGAAAAUCAUGGAUGAUGUUACAAAUAUUUACAAUGAAUAUGCGGGGGAUGUCAACAAUUCUUCCAUGGUGAGAGCAAAUGCAAAUGAGGCUGCUUCAUCAAAAUCAGAAUUCAAGCGCUAUUUGACAGAUUCCAAGGUUUCUGCCCAUGAAAAAUUUGAUAUAUUGGAAUGGUGGCGCUAUAAUUCUCUAACUUAUCCAACAUUAGCUAUGAUGGCUCGGGAUUUCUUAUCCAUUCCUAUUAUUGGUCGUAUUCAUGAUGUUCAUUUUGAGGAUGGCUUUGUUGAUAUUUAUAAUGGUAAUUUGGAUGAUGACUUAAAAUAUGCUAUGACAUGUACAAAAGUAUGGUUGAACGACCAUGAUUGUAUGUAAUGAACUUGUUGAAAUAAAAAUAUAUGUUUUAUUUUUCCCA